GCUGCUUGGCGAGUUAUCUAUCUUUAUUUGUUGUACUUAUCAUCCAACCCAAGCGCAAAAAGCUCUGUACUGAGCUCACUGCUGCGCCAUGGGACAGGUCCUCGACAGGUUGCGAGAUAAGCAAUGGAGGCGAAAGCAAAUACGCAGGAUUACAGAUGAGGUGUUUGAUCUUUAUUUUAAAAGUGACACAGGAAGCGUUAACUUGAAUUUUGACGAUCUGUACAUCGGCGUACUACUUGUGUUCAAUGAACUCAAUAAGCGUUUACCCGGCCCGCAUAUUGAUCCACCCUCCAAAGAUAUUGUCUUAGAUAUGAUGAAGGAAAACGAUCUCAAUCUUGAUGGAGAAAUUGACCGCGAAGAGUUUGCAAACUUCAUCAAGCAGUUGACAGCGGACACAUUCGUUAUUGUCAGUCAAGGACUGAUCAUCACACUGGUUGCAGCACCGGCGUUUGCAAUGGCGACAAAGAGGGCUACCGAGGGUGUACCGGGGGUUGGAAAGGUCGUGCAAAGGUUACCCAAUUCAGUUUAUGCAUCCCUUCUGACUUUUACUGUUGUGCUGUUUCAACAAGCGCGUCAUGAGUUCAAUUAGCCGCAAGUUUGUUCUCAGUUCAAGCCUUCGAUGGUCUAUUUAAAAGACUUGAUUAUUUGUGGCUGCACAAUAAGAUACAAGGAGAAUGGUGUUUGAACUUAUCGUAUAUAAAUAGUUGUCUUUUGGAAGUUAACCACUUUAGUUCA